AUGGAGGUGGAGAAGCUGGAGAAUGAGAAAGAUACGCUCGAGAGGAAGCUGCAAGAGCUGAAGGACGAGCUGGCUCAGGUCGGCCGCGGCCAAGACCGCAAGGACAGCGACCUCGCCGAACUGCAGCGCAAGCACCAGGCCGAGAUCGACAAGCUCAAGCAGGAGAUAGCCGCCCUCCAGGACAAGCACCUCUCCGACCUCGAUGACGAGAAGGAACAGUACACAAAGAUGACGAAGAUGAGGGACGAACUGAACAAGACCUCGGAGAAGCUCAUCGCCUCCGAGACGAACAGGGCAAACUUGAAGAACGAGCUGGACAAGAUCCAGACCGACUUGAAGUUCGGCCGCUCCAUCGACACCCCCGGACCGAGAGACCCAUCCCUAGUCGAAAUCCCGAAAGCGGAAGAUGACGCCAGCAAGGAAAUCCACGUCCCCUCGGAGCUGAAGUACGAUGAUGGCCAGUCGAGCAUGACCAGCUCGCACUACUCAACCCUGGGCCGAGACCAUGGACUU